CUCCCUCCGUCACUCUAAAAAUGGCAUUUGCAGGCGCACGUUGUUUAAAGCUCCAUCGAAUUCUGUUUAUAACUGUGGGAUUAUGGCCAUAUCAGAAACCAUUUAUUUGGCAAAUACAAGCAGUAUUCUUUUUCAGUGCAUAUUGCUCCAUGGUAUUUUCUCAGUUUACGCCGUUCUUAACGACAACUUGCAACAUGGAAUGUAUCUUAAAAAGAUUUUCUUAUAUUUGUAUUACUUUCGUUUUUAUUUUAAUUUACUACUCAUUCUACUUCAAUUCUGAAGCUGUAAAGCAAGUGUUUCAACAUAUACAGCGUGACUGGAAAAUGUGUAAAAAUAGGUACGCAAUGAAAAUAUUUGAAGAAUAUCUCUCUGAAUCUUAUAGUUUCGCAUUAUUUCUGUGCUUUCUUUGUUUAAUGGGUGCAUCUUUUAUUACGCUUAUGGAAAGUACACCUAUCAUCCUUGAUGUUGUCGCACCAAUGAAUAAAUCUCGACCACGAAAACUUGAAGUAGAUAUUGAAUUCUUCAUCUUCAAUGAAGAACAAUAUUUCUUUUUUUUAUUACUGCUUGAGGGAGCAGCAGCAGGAUUCGGAGUUUGGUCGCUACUUGCGAUUUUCACGUUCUUCACUACAGUAAUGAAACAUUCAUGUGCAACAUAUAAAAUUGUUAGUUAUUUAAUUCGAGAUACGGUACCUAUCCAUACGCUACAACUUCCUGUUGUUCAAAGAAUACAAUAUAUGCAUCGGAAUAUUUGUCUUUCAAUUUACAUUCAUAGGAGAACCUUAGAGUUCUGCAAAGGCUUGUUACUUUCGUUUGAUAUGUGGUAUUUCCCAUUACUCUUAGUUUGCGUCUUGUCCUUAAGUUGCAUUCUAUUUCGCCUAUACAAUGCCAUAAUGCAGUUCAAGGACUUGCAUGAUAUUGUUUGGUCCUGCGGACUUUUGUUUUGUUACUUGGCAUACAUGUUUAUGUCAAAUUUGUUUGCUCAGUCUUACACUGACCACAGUGUAGAAGUAUUAGGAUCUACGAAGCCACCCGGUGCAGCGUAAAGCCGGUAUCCAGUUGAGGGUCAGCUGAGCGGCGACGCGAGUUAAAAAGAAGACGCGAAUCUCCACGCGACGAACCCCUUGGCGACGUAAACAAUAAAUAACCAGAGAGGUGGAGACAAGACUUUGUUAUGACUCCGAUAAGAUGUGUAUUCUUGAGUUGCGCUGAGCUGUACCGUUUCUAACUGAAGUUCAAUAUUUCGGAAGUCACGAGUCUCGCGCGAACGCGUCCCGCGAGUGUGCGAGAGCGUGAGUCCUACCGGAACGCAACAAUAUAUAAUAUUUGUUAUUACUAGGAUAAAAAUUAUAGAAUACAAUAUAGUGUGUUCUCUC